AUGUUGCCUCUCCUUAAGAGGAGAAGAGGAAUAAAAAAAGUCAGAAAAAAAAAAAAAGAGGAGAAGAGAAAACACAAGAAGCAGUGCUUGCUGCAGAGCCCCAAUUCCUACUUCAGGGUUGUCAAGUGCCCAGGCUGCCAUAAAAUCACCACUGUCUUCAGCCAGGCACAAACAGUAGUUGUGUGCAUUGGCUGCUCUACUGUCCUCUGUCAGCCUACAGGAUUUGGAAACGCCAGGCUCACAGAAGGAUGCUCCUUCAGACGGAAGCAGCACUAA